AUGUCGUCUACAUCGACCAAGCCACCUUAUAUUACCUGGCCAACCGCAGUGCCCAAGGGCAUGCUGGAGGAAUGCGAGAUUCGCAAGGCUUUCAAGCCCUUUCGCGAAUUGCCUGUGGUGUUCGAUCCUUGGGUCGAACCUAUGAAGUAUGACCCGCCGACAUUUUGCUACGGCUGGCCUGUGGACCCAAAGAUCACGAAUGCCUUCGCCAUCAAGGAGAAUCUAGCCUGGUAUUGGAAGGAAGACGGCAUGGGUUCUACAUGGAAGGACCAGACCCGGGUCUCUCCUAACGAUCACGUCAACGACAACUGGACACGGGUGCAGGUGGAAACUUUUUUCCAGGAGGUGCUGACGCUCGAAUAUGUGUACGACUCAUCGACACCCGGGAGCCGUCCAACAUUGUUUUGGUCACUCCACUCGAAUUACACGCCUCCUCACAAGCGUCUGUCGCAGAAGCAAAUUGCGAAGCUGCAGGAGGACUUAGGAUAUCAGGAUCCCCCUCAGUGGCAUCUAGAUGCUGAUACGUAG